AUGAUAUGUUUAUCUGUAAAUAGUUCAAGUAAACUGUCAAACAUGUGACAGUACAAUUCCAUAUGCUCGAUGUUCCACUAACAGUGCUUGUGGAUGCCUUCCUAUGGUAGGCGCUGAUAAUAUUGGUAUUUGUGCGUUUCUCUGGAAGUUCUGUUCUCAACUUCUACCAUGUGGAUCGUCGCAAGGUUGUUCUGAACCGGAUCAUGUCUGUGUUCAACAUUCUCGAUGCAGCAAUAAACCUCUCUGCUAUCCAGUAUCGAUGAUGAAUGACAAUAUUUGUCCACCUCAGCUAACCGUAAUGAAUACGACGAUGGCAACAAUUGCAACCACUACGACUACCGUGACUAUAAAUAAUACAGUUAUAAAAUCAAAAUUUCAACAAUAUGGAACGAUUGUUGCUGGCGGACAUAGAAAUGGUGACAAAUUAGAUCAUAUCUCUGGACCACAUCGGUUCUUUAUCGACGAAAACAAAGCGAUCACCAUGCUUGAUUCCUGGAAAAAUCGUGUUAUCAAAUGGAAAUCAAACGAAAAACAAGGAGCGAUUGUUGCAGGUGGAAAUGGAAAAGGAAAUCGAAUUGACCAAUUCGAUGGACCAAGCGA